AGAUGGUGGCAGGAAUGGAAGGAGACGGGUGGGUGGGAGUGGGAGUGAGCUUGGCUUUUCUGAAAUUCCCCAGUCCUUCCACUCCCAAAGGGUUUGCCUCUGAGGUCACAAAAGCUGUGCCUCCUCCCCACAACCCACAUAAACACACACACAGUUACUUUUUAAUUCUGGGGACUCAAAAGAUGACACAUGCCAGAGGUGGAAGGUGUCUCUGCUAGUAGUCCACCCUUCCCUCCUCCCUUUUAACAGAUGGGAAAACUAAGGCCCCGGUUUGGGAUUUCCCGGCCCUCCCACUCUGUCCCCCGGCUACUCGUGAGCCUCUCAGCCACCGCAGUCCUGGGACGCUCCCGCGGAGCCACAGGCGAGAGCCGGCUGGGACUCCCGGGGGGACCCCGCCGUCGGGGCAGCCCCUUGGCUGCCAUCGCCCCGCCUCUCCGCCCGCCCUGCCCGGCUGCCGCUGCUGCGCACUUGCCGUGGAGCCAGCGACCCAGGGCGGAGGCGGGGAGAGAGCGACCGAGGCUGGGAGGGGUGUUGGCGAGGGCUCGCGCGCUGUGUAUGGUCUAUCUGAGGCAGCUGACCUUUGAGGAGGAAAUCGCUGCUCUCUGCUCCUUCCUGUAGUAACAGCCGCCGCCGCCGCCGCCGCCAGGAGACCCGACUGGGAGCGAGAGCCGCGGGGUACAGCCAGCCCGGCUGUCGGACGGCUCGGCCCCACCAGGUGAACGGCCAUGGCGGGCUGGAUUCAGGCCCAACAGCUGCAGGGAGAUGCCCUGCGCCAGAUGCAGGUGCUGUAUGGGCAGCACUUCCCCAUUGAGGUCCGGCACUACUUGGCACAGUGGAUUGAGAGCCAGCCAUGGGAUGCGAUUGACCUGGAUAAUCCCCAGGACCGUGCCCAGGCUGCUCAGCUCCUGGAGGGCUUGGUGCAGGAGCUGCAGAAGAAGGCAGAGCACCAGGUGGGGGAAGAUGGGUUUUUACUGAAGAUCAAGCUGGGGCACUACGCAAAGCAGCUCCAGGAUACAUAUGACCGCUGCCCCAUGGAGCUGGUCCGCUGCAUCCGGCACAUUCUGUACAAUGAACAGAGGCUGGUCCGGGAAGCCAACAAUUGCAGCUCUCCUGCUGGGGUACUGGCUGACGCCAUGUCCCAGAAACACCUUCAGAUCAACCAGACAUUUGAGGAGCUGCGACUGGUCACUCAGGACACCGAGAACGAGCUGAAGAAGCUGCAGCAGACUCAGGAGUAUUUCAUCAUCCAGUACCAGGAGAGCCUCAGGAUCCAGGCUCAGUUUGCCCAGCUGUCCCAGCUGAGCCCCCAGGAGCGUCUGAGCCGGGAGACGGCCCUGCAGCAGAAGCAGGUGUCCCUGGAAACCUGGCUGCAGCGCGAGGCCCAGACGCUGCAGCAGUACCGUGUGGAGCUGGCCGAGAAGCACCAGAAGACCCUGCAGCUGCUACGGAAGCAGCAGACCAUCAUUCUGGACGACGAGCUGAUCCAGUGGAAGCGGCGGCAGCAGCUGGCUGGGAAUGGCGGGCCCCCCGAGGGCAGCCUGGAUGUGCUGCAGUCCUGGUGUGAGAAGUUGGCUGAGAUCAUCUGGCAGAACCGGCAGCAGAUCCGCAGGGCUGAGCACCUCUGCCAGCAGCUGCCCAUCCCCGGGCCAGUGGAGGAGAUGCUGGCCGAAGUCAAUGCCACCAUCACAGACAUCAUCUCAGCCCUGGUGACCAGCACAUUCAUCAUCGAGAAGCAGCCCCCUCAGGUCCUGAAGACCCAGACCAAGUUUGCAGCCACCGUGCGCCUGCUGGUGGGCGGGAAGCUGAACGUGCACAUGAACCCCCCUCAGGUGAAGGCGACCAUCAUCAGCGAGCAGCAGGCCAAGUCCCUGCUCAAGAAUGAGAACACCCGCAACGAGUGCAGUGGGGAGAUCCUGAACAACUGCUGCGUGAUGGAGUACCACCAGGCCACUGGCACUCUCAGCGCCCACUUCAGAAACAUGUCACUAAAGAGGAUCAAGCGUGCUGACCGGCGGGGUGCAGAGUCUGUGACAGAGGAGAAGUUCACUGUCCUGUUUGAGUCUCAGUUCAGUGUUGGCAGCAAUGAGCUUGUGUUCCAAGUCAAGACUCUGUCCCUCCCAGUGGUAGUCAUUGUCCAUGGCAGCCAGGACCACAAUGCCACAGCCACCGUGCUAUGGGACAACGCCUUUGCUGAGCCGGGCAGGGUGCCAUUUGCUGUGCCUGACAAAGUGCUGUGGCCGCAGCUGUGUGAGGCGCUCAACAUGAAAUUCAAGGCCGAAGUGCAGAGCAGCCGGGGCCUGACCAAGGAGAACCUCGUGUUCCUGGCACAGAAACUGUUCAACAGCAGCCACAGCCACCUCGAGGACUACAACAACAUGUCUGUGUCCUGGUCCCAGUUCAACAGGGAGAACCUGCCAGGCUGGAAUUACACCUUCUGGCAAUGGUUCGAUGGGGUCAUGGAGGUACUGAAGAAGCAUCACAAGCUCCAUUGGAAUGAUGGGGCCAUCCUCGGUUUUGUGAAUAAGCAGCAGGCCCAUGACCUGCUCAUCAACAAGCCAGAUGGGACCUUCUUGUUGCGCUUUAGCGACUCGGAAAUUGGGGGCAUCACCAUUGCCUGGAAGUUUGACUCCCCGGACCGCAGCCUGUGGAACCUUAAACCAUUCACCACGAGGGAUUUCUCCAUCAGGUCCCUGGCUGACCGGCUGGGUGACCUGAGCUAUCUCAUCUACGUGUUUCCUGACCGCCCCAAGGAUGAGGUCUUCUCCAAGUACUACACUCCUGUGCUUGCUAAAACACCUGACGGAUACGUGAAGCCACAGAUCAAGCAAGUGGUCCCUGAGUUUGUGAACGCAUCAGCGGAUGCCGGGGCCAGUGCCACAUACAUGGACCAGGCACCCUCCCCAGCCGUGUGUCCCCAGGCUCACUAUAACAUGUACCCACCAAAUCCUGACCCUGUCCUUGAGCAGGAUGGAGAAUUUGACUUGGAUGAGAGCAUGGAUGUAGCCCGGCACGUGGAAGAGCUCUUACGCCGACCCAUGGACAGUCUUGGCCCUCGCCUCUCCCCUCCUGCUGGUCUCUUCACUCCUGCCAGAGGCUCCCUCUCAUGAAUGUUCAAAUCCCACACUUCUCCUGGGAAACAACAUUCAAUGAGAAGAGUUCAUAUUAAUUGUGAUUUUAGUAUUGCUGUGCAUACUGGGGCCUUUGCAAGCAGCACAUGGACACGUGUGUGGAUGUGUGUACGCAUGAGGUGUACCUUGCCUGGGCAGUCCUGGGUAUGUGGUGGCACAGAAGUGGCCCAAGAUCAAGGCAUCUGGGAGCCCACUGGGUCUGUCUCCAUUGUGGAAAAGACAGAGCCUCUGUCACUGCGGGUGCUUGGUGCAGGCAAGCCUAUUCCUAUCUGCUCGGUAGCUAUUUGAAUGAAAUUAUCCAAGAAGGGAAAGGGAACCAAGUCUUUAAGCUGAAGUCUCCCUCCUGAGAAGCUUCACCCUCCCAAAUGUGUAUGUCUUUGUACGUGAAGCUGUCCUCAUGUACACAAGUUGGUCUAAUUGAUUCUUUCCCUUGGGGGGAGGUGGGGGGCUUGUUUGUGAAUAAUAUUUUAUACUUUAGUAAAUGUGGACUCCAGACUUUUUGUGAACCCAGUCCUAGAGUUUGUCUGGGCCGUGGCUAUGUCCUUGACAGUGGAGCUAGGGUGAAUCGAAGCAGGGCUGUUGGGGCUGCUCUGAGUCUGUACCACCUCUGUUCCACAGGUAUCUCCUCCCCUCCAAUAGGCCUGACCUUUCUUUGCAAGCUUGCUUUCUGGGGAGGAGGAAAAGACUGGUCUAGAAUAUGGUAGGUGAACAGGGGUCCUGGGACUUGCAAAGUUGUCCUCCUUCCCUCCCUUCCUCCUCCCUGUGGAAAACUGCAGCCAGAGGAAAGCACAGCAAAGCAGCCACUGGAGGGGUAAAAGCUGAUCCCACUGGACUCCCCUGGGAGGUGGGACCUGGCUGAGGCCUCCUCUCUUGUAUAACCAGCUGUCGCUGGAGGAGACCUGGCUCCCACACCCUCUCUCUCAGGCUGUAGGACCCACAGCCAGGGGCAGCUGCCCUUGAAAGAUUCGGAUCCCAGGCUUAAGCAUCUCUGAAGAGAAGUGGGGAGGAAAAGAGGGAGUCUUGUAGUUUGUACAAAGACUACACAUUUGUGUAAAGUAUUUUUGAAUAAAAUGUUUUUUUCAUAAA